ACACAAACACACACACACACACACACACAGGGUUCCCCUGCGUAAUUCUGGAGCCUGCAACGCUCUCUCAGUCACACAACCCUCUUUGCGAUGGCCUGGACACGAGUGCUUCUGCUCUCCCUACUGGCUGGGGUCCUGCUUCUGAGCCUCUUCAGAGAGACACAGGGUGCAGCUGUGAGGGAUGACAAAGAUGCAAAGUCUAAAGAGUCUCCGGGGCGAGUGUUUAUGGAGGCAUCAGACGCGUCCCAUUUUCUGAAACGGCGGAGUCGCCGCUCCCCGAAAUCUUAUGCGGAGAUGAUGGCGGAGUACAGAGUGAUACGGGCCACGAGUGAACGUAGGAGAGAGAACCAAGAGGAGCAGAGGACCGAGUUUGAGAACUACGCAGAGGAGGAGCGCGAUGAACAAAGAGAGAGGACCCAAGAGAAGAACGAACAGUAUCGCGAGUACUACUACGACGGCAUGUACCCACGGUACCCGCAUCAUCGCCAUCCCCACUGAGCAUGCUCUGUAACCAAGGAAACGGACAGGAGAGCCACGCCUCCUCAGAGGGCUAGGCCUCCUGUGAGUGGGUGCUUUGAUGUCACUCAAAGAUAUCUGACCAGAUAUUUACUAAGUUGAUGAUUUAAGGGCAAUUAUUUUAAGCUUUAACAAAAUGGGGAGCGUUUUAAGCAAAUUCAUUGAUUUGCUGCUACAUACCAAAGAUGGCUCCUUACAGGUGCAAAGCCAUAUCAAACUUGUAAAAAUGCCAUAUGUAAUGGUCUAGUUUGUUUGUGUGAUUACCUUACUUUGUGUUGUUGCCACACAUUCAUAUUCAAGUUAUUUACAAUAAUUUGCAUUAAUCAAUUAUUUUGAAGUUAUUUUUGGUUUCCUGUAUGCUGCCUCAGUCCUAAUGAAACCAGUGUUAGUGGCGUCCGGGCCAGCAAUCACACAGUACAUGGGAUCUAUCCCAGACACCUUAUAGUAAACAGAUCUUUGUACUGUUACGAUUACCUAUUAGGGAUUUCACUGGUAAGAUACUCUCUUAACUAUACUUAGUGUUGAAAAAUAAAAUGGUGCUGUAAUUAAUGAAAUAAAAUCCUAUACCUGUAUCUGGACUGAGAACUGGAAACACUCCAAGUUAAACAAGGG